UAGUCUGCUUGCUCCGCCGCGGUUGCAACCAGGUGAACCUCCCUCUCUCUUUCUCUACCCCAUUCUGUUACCUCGUCAGAGGAGAAGUUUGUGAUUAGGAGAUGAAGUUGAAGAAGCAAAAGCGUCACCGCAGGAGUGUGAAGUUCUACACGACUUGCUUUGGCUUCCGGGAACCCUUCAAUAUCCUUUGUGAUGGAACUUUCAUUCAUAACCUUGUGGUUAAUAAAAUCAAGUCUGCAGGUGAUGCGCUUUCGGAUAUCCUUCAUGCCUCAACCAGACUCUUCACCACCAAAUGUGUCAUUGCAGAGUUGAAAAGCCUAGGAGACACUUAUUCUGAAUCUCUUCAGGCGGCCCAUCAUCUCAUUACCACGAGAUGUGACCACGAGAAGAGGAAGAGUGCUGUGGCAUGCAUUGAAGAGGUCAUUGGAGAACACAACCAUGAGCACUUCUUUCUUGCUACCCAAGAUACUAGUCUCCGUGAGAAGUUUCGGAAGAUUGCUGGUGUCCCUGUUAUAUUUGGUCUGCGAAACUCCUUGUUCCUUGAGCAACCAUCAGAAUUUCAACGGCAAUAUGUUAAAUCUGCGGAGGAGGAACGCUUGCAUGUGACAGAAUGGGAAUAUAAGAUGUUACAGAAGAGGAAGGAGAAUGAAUCCAGCACCCAAAUAGAAACAGACUCCCCUGAGGCACAUGAAGGUUCAGCAGAUGACAUUGUGAUGCCAAAAGCGGUGGCUGAGACCAAAGCACGGAGGAGGACAUUGGGUGUGAUAGACAAAGCUCAGUUUAAGAGAAAGAAAGCUAAGGGACCAAACCCACUUUCAUGCAAGAAGAAACAGAAUCUUGGUGAUAAAUCACGUGCUCCAACUCAGGGUAGCAAGGAUGGUGAGAAUGUCAAUGGGAAGAGAAAGAGGAAAAGGAAAAGGUCACGCAAGGGUACUAAUCAUGCAGAAGCUGAUGCUUAAAUAGUACCAUGGAAAAUUAGCCCAUCUUCAGGACAGUGGAACUCAUAACUUCAGUGAAAUGGUUUGAACCUUUCUACAUAUGAUCUUUCUCAAAAA